AUUCUCUUUUGAUUUGAAAACUUGCAUCUGUAGUUGUUUGUUAAUCUCUUUACUUUUUUCUAAAUCUAAUUAAUUGUUUACAAUUUAGAUUAUCUAUUAACUGUUAAUUCUUUUUCUAUUCUCCUUGUUUCAUUUGAUUAACGAUUAAUUGACAUUUUCUGAUUAUCUACUGUCUGUAUCUCUUUCUUUUGGCAUCAGGAUUAACCUCAGGAUUGCUCAUCAUCUCCUGUUGUUUGUGUUAUUUUUUUUCUCUUUUUCUAUUAGUUAACCAACAACAACAUUAUCGUCAUCAUCUCAAUUGCUGACAAGGCCAAGUAGAGAAAAGAAGAAUAUAAAAUUGUGAAAGCCUCAUCCAUCUCAAUACAUGUACAUCAAAGUGUCAACCAUGUUCUUCUUUUCUCUCAUUGAUUUGAGAGAACUGUAGUCGGUAUCGAAUUAACUAAUCUGGACUAAAUCAGAUCCAUACUAUUGUUAACUUUCUAUCUCUCUUCCUCUUUCUUCUUGGUUCGUUUAUAUAAGAAAGUCCAAAAAUCUCUCAUUGACCUUGAUGGAGGUUGAAAUGAACGGAGUUAAUCGUUCUAAUAACCAAACAAUCAAUUCAACAAUUGACAAAGAGUUGACAGAUUCAUCUGGUAACGUUGAUACGGAACAAUCAUCAGCUAGUCGGACAUACGACGCUCUAUUAAGUGGUGCUCUUGUUAACAGUGCAUUUGAAGGUUACCCCUUUGAAUUUAAAACCGAUUCACGAUCUCUACGUUUAUAUUAUGUUUACCGUCAUUGGUCACUUUAUUAUCUUCUAUUUGUCUUUCUCACCAUUCUUCCUUUAGCCUUCUGGGAGCCUGUUGGUCAAACCCGAAAUCGUGCUUAUUUCGACAAUUUGACCAUAACAAUUGAAAUUUUGUGCCUUACCUAUUUUGUGGUUCGUCUUAUACUCCGUGGUUAUGUAACUCAAAGUUACACCUUUUGGCAUGAUCCAAAGACUAUCAUUCUAAUUGGAACAGUGGUCAUCACUUUAAUUGACAUCAUCAUCUAUUUAUCUCUUCCAAGUAAUAAAGCCAAGAGAUGGUCACUUUGUCUUCGUCCACUUUUCAUAAUAACCUUUGCUGAGAAUCGUCAAAUUCGAAGGGCAAUCAGAAGCAUUCGAAAUACUUUACCUGAUAUAAUCAAUGUGUUAAUAUUAUUCUUCCUGUCACUUGGAGUUUCAUCAUUAAUUGCGUUCAAAUUGUUCAAUAAGGCUAAAUUGUUUCACGAUGAAAAAGUUUCCGAAAAUUUGAAUUAUUUUGAUAAUUUUAUCGAUAGUUUCUAUCAACUUUACAUUCUAGUUACCACAGCAAACAACCCGAAAAUAAUGAUGCCGAGUUACAAUAGGAACAGAUUAUAUGCACUUUUUUUCAUCGUCUUUCUGAUCAUUAAUCUCUACCUGUUCAUGAACAUAAUACUUGCUGUUAUUUACAAUAAAUAUCGGAAACAUUUGAAGAAUGAGGUUAGCAAAUUGUUACAAAUUAAACGUGAUAACCUGAGUCGUGCUUAUGAUACGGUGACCAAAGGUGAUGAGCUUGGUAUGACUCGGGAUCAAUUGGAAAUCAUUAUGGAAGCCGUUUUUCAGACCUGGUCAGUUUUCGAUUAUGCAGCUCGGCACGAUUCAGUUAUCGUAGAUUUGGUUUGGUCAAUUUUAGAGACUAAUGGACGGAUUCGUAGAUCAGAUUUCAUGGAUAUCGGUGACCUGAUGGCUAUGAAAAUUCGUAUAAUUUACUCGAAAAGUUCUCAAGAAUCAUAUUGUUGCCCUUGGAUUCCCUUCAUUUAUAAAAGUGCCCCUUCUCAAGCUCUUAUUAGAAUGGUCCAUUCUCGUUACUUCCGUUACACCUUCGAUUGUCUCAUUGUACUAAACGUGGCCCUGAUUGCAAUCUACAAUAAUCAUCGACAGCUUCAUCUAGAAUUUUACCUUCUCUCAGCUUUUACCUUUGAAAUUGUUUCCAAACUUUACGCUUUCGGAUUUAAUGGAUUCGUUAAAAGUUUUUGGAACAUUUUCGACUUAAUCGUCAUUGGAUUAGCAAUUAUCUUCUGGAUCUUAAUCUCAUUUAAAUAUUCAACCGAAACUGCUCUCGGUAGAUAUUUCGAUAUUGUUCUUGUUCUUCGAGCUCUUCGAAUAGGUAAAAUAAUCGGAAACAUUCAACGAUUCUCAGUUGUCGUUGUUACGAUUCGUUCAUUGAUUCCAUCAAUAGCUACUUAUGGUAUCCUCCUUUUGGUACUUUACUAUUUUUAUGCCAUAAUUGGGAUGCAAUUAUUUCACGGAUUAGUUUAUCCAGAUCCAAAUGGAUGCUCAGCUGGAUCAAUUGAUUGCUGCCCUGAAUCACUUGCAAUUAAAAAUGUGACAAUGUGCACAAUCAAUUUUAACAGUAUUUCAAGUUCAUUCCUAUUAUUAUUUGAUCUGAUGGUGGUCAACGAAUGGCACACAAUGGCAAAUAAUUUUGAAGUUCUAGUUUCAUCCAAAUAUACUAGACUUUUCUUCAUCUCAUUCCAUGUCGCCUGUGUUAUUAUUGUGCUCAACAUUUUCGCAGCUUUUGUUAUCGAAGCCUUUAUCCUGGAAUAUACUAAUACAACGGAAGGAUCAGUUAAUCUUAAUUCGGUUCUAGUUAAGAUUAAGCAACUUGGUUUAUCGAGUGUCAAUAGCAAUGGUACUUCUGGUUCCUGUGGUAGUAAAUCAGAUGCAGAUAAAAAUGUCCCUGGUCAAAGAUCAUUGAAAACAAUCAAAGAAUCUGAACAAUUAGAUGGCCUUGUUGAUUGUGAUUUUAAUCAAUACGAUGAGUUUACUGCUUAUGGUGGAGCGAGUGGUCAUCGAUCAUCAAUCUUUUAUCUUCCCGAUAAACCUGAGCUUAAAGUUCAUAUUGUUGAAAGAGUUUCAGUUGAAUCUCUGCUAAUCCGAAUGUUUCAGAAAGAGAUUGAAAUGGAAUCAUGUGGAAUUUAAAUUAUCAUUUAAUCAUCACAAUAACCGGCGAAAUAUUGUAAUUAUCUCAAAGAUUUUAAUUUAUCAAAUUUAUGAUCAAAUUAUCGUCAACAAUCAACUUUAAUCAACAAGUUCCACCGAAAACUUGAGUCAAAAAUCAAAUGAACUUAAAGUUUAUUAAUUUAAAUUGUGCAAAGUGAAACUUUCGUUAAUUUUUGCUACCUUACUAUAACAAUUAAUCCAAAGAUUUUCUUAAUUACCAUUAUAAAGAUCUGAUUAUCACUCCAUCUACUUUUUAACCACAAUCACAAUCAACGAUCUGAAUUUAAAUCUAUCCCAAUCUAAAAAUUUCAACAAAACUUCAUCAUAAACUUAUUUUCUGUUCAAUGAUUUAAUUUGAGGAUAUUUUAAAUCACUACACAAUCAAAUUCACAUUAACUAAUGUGCAAUUAAAUUUAACUAUCAUAAUUUUCUAUAUAAAUUAUUACCUUGAAAAAAAUAAA